AAGCCAAGUCAAAGUUACAUUUGUAUUAUAUUUUAGUGUCGUCACUAAACUCAUAAGCACACAUUCAAAAAUUCACAUUCAGAUUUCAUUAUGGACAACUUCGGAAUACCCACAGAGAUCAACGUAGGUGUUAUGAAGGCGAUCGCUGAACUAGAGAACACAGCACCUGAUGGUUUUGUGUCCGAAAAAAAGAUCUGCGAUCAUGUGGUGUACAACGAAACUGAUAAGGAUUGGCUUGUUAGUCAGUCUCUAAAUAAUUUAACUUUUUUGGAAGUAUUGGUGCGAUGUGGAUCGUCAUUUGCCUUGCGACAAAAUCUACGAUUUCCAUCGGGAGCGAGUGCAAUACCAUGGAUCGACCCUCGAAACCAAAAUAAGAAUCAUAAACGUGUCGCUGAAAUGAAACGACGUUCAGCAGCUAAAAAGAAAAAAUAUGCCGCAAAAAUAGAUUCGUAUUUUACCAAAUAUUUUGAAAUCUACAAAAACAUGAAAGCCAACGAAAUUCCUGAAACCCCUGAAAUAAAUACAGGACCGGAGGAUACAACCGAUAUGUUGCCACCUAAUGCUCUUCUUGAGGAGCAAGUUUUAGGAAAUGUGAACUCAAAGGUUAAAUACACAAAUCACAAAAAGAAACGAAAUUUUGAAGAUAAAAAGAAAACAUAUUCCCCCGAAAUAAUAGAUUCGCUUUUUGCCUACUAUUUUGAAAAAUAUAAGAACAUCAAAACUAUAAAUAAUCCAGAGAACUCUAAAGAAAGAACUCUUGAAAAUGUGCAAUCAAAGCGUAAAAUUACAAUGGCUAAAGAGAUAGGUAAUUUUAAAGCCAUGAAAAAAAGUUAUUCCUGUCCAGAACUCAAUUUUUUGUUUGCUUUGAAAAAUAUAGGAGAUAAUCCAAAUGUGUAUGUAUCAAAACGUGGAUCGAUACUCGCUCCAUCGGGACCGAUUGCAAUACCAUCGAUCGACCGUCGAAACCAAAAUAAGAAUCUUAAACGUCGCCUUGAACUGAAUCAAUAUUAUGCAGCUAAAAAAAAAAGAUAUGCCGAAAUUCCUGAAAACCCUGAAAUAAAUACAGGACCGGAGGAUACAACCAAAAUGUUGCCACCUAAUGCUCUUCUUGAGGAGCAAGUUUUGGGAAAUGUGAACUCAAAGGUUAAAUACACAAAUCACAAAAAGAAACGAAAUUUUGAAGAUAAAAAGAAAACAUAUUCCCCCGAAAUAAUAGAUUCGCUUUUUGCAUUCUAUUUUGAAAAAUAUAAGAACAUCAAAACUAUAAAUAAUCCAGAGAACUCUGAAGAAAGAACUCUUGAGUCGACAGGACUCGACGUUGAUAACAUUAUUUUACAAGUCAGUGCACCUAUCAAUGAUCAGACCUCUAAACCAAUGGAGAAUGUGGUAGAAAAUGUGCAAUCAAAGCGUAAAAUUAGAAUGGCUAAAGAGAUAGGUAAUUUUAAAGCCAUGAAAAAAAGUUAUUCCUGUCCAGAACUCAAUUUUUUGUUUGCUUUGAAAAAUAUAAGAGAUAAUCCAAACGUGUAUGUAUCAAAACGUGGAUCGAUUUUAGGAUCACUUGGACUGAAAAAAGCAAACAAUAUUUUGUCAAUAAAUGGCCUUAAGGAUCAAGAGUACUUCAGUCGUUGGCAAUUUACAGAUCCAUUAGUUAUUUAAUACAUUUUCGACUGUUUUUAUUUGCUUCAAUGCAUUUUAAUAAAUUUUAAUUUAAGUG